GUUGACCCCCCUUCCCAACCAUGACCUCUGAUCAAAUGAGAUUUCUACUGCUAAUAUGCAGCCUAAUCAGCACCAUAGAGGCAUUCAGAAGAAACUUUGAUUUGGCCCGUCAAAGUGGCGGCAAUACAAAUAUACCCCUUUGGAAGCAGCGUGCCUGCGAGAAGACACAGAAAUACAAGGCAAACUCACACUACACUUGCGAUGAAAAGGGUGAUGUUAAGUGCCUGCCCGGUUGGCAGGGUGAUCUCUGUCAAGUGCCCAUGUGUAAACGUAGUUGUGAUCCCAUGAAUGGUUAUUGCCAACGACCUGGCGAAUGUCGUUGUCGCAUUGGUUAUACCGGUGAACUGUGCGACAAGUGUAUACCAUUGCCUGGUUGCCAGCACGGCGAUUGCACGAAACCCUUCGAAUGUCUAUGCAAACCCGGCUGGGAUGGACUCUUCUGUACGGAACCGAGUUGCCGGAGUGGAUGUCACAGCACACGUGGUUAUUGUGAGGCACCGGGAGAAUGCCGCUGUCGCAUCGGUUGGGCGGGUCGAACGUGCAGUGAAUGCUCCACCAUGCCGGGCUGUCAGCAUGGGACGUGCAACAAACCGUUGGAGUGCAACUGUCUGCCCGGCUAUACAGGACUCCUCUGCCAGACGCCUCUGUGUGCCUCCGAUUGCAACAAGCAGCAUGGCUAUUGUCGCAAACCCGGUGAAUGUCGCUGCAAGGUGGGCUGGACAGGGACUCAAUGCGACAAGUGUUUCCCCUAUCCUGGCUGUGUUCAUGGCGACUGUGAUGCACCCUGGGAAUGCAAUUGUCAUCCUGGUUGGGGCGGCAUGCUUUGCGAUGAAAAGCUUAACUAUUGUGUAGAGCAUCCCGAGACGUGCGAAAAUGAGGGCAAAUGCAUAUCACUGAGUCGGGAGGAUGGCAGCUAUCGGUGUCAGUGCCGGCAAGGCUAUCUUGGCCAAAACUGUGAGAUACGCGAUGAGUUUCUGUUGACCUCGGUGAUGCCACCUCGUAUUACACCGCCGCCAACCGACACCGAUGUGGACCAAAUGGACGCAGGUGUUUCUGAUGACAACCAAAUGGAACUGGAACAGGCCGCAACGAGCAACGAAGCAAAAAGCCCGACAAAUGACACCGCAACAGCAGCAGCAACAACAGCAACAACUUUGACAUCCACUACCACAAAAGCAACAGCGACACCAACAGCAACCGAAGCGACAACGACAAUGGCAUCAAGGACAACGACAACGAGUGGAACAGCAGCAGCUGCAGCAACUAUCGUUGCCAGCCACAAUGGGACUAAUGAAGCGUUAAGCCAUGUUGCUGUACCCCUUGAUGAGGCGACAACAAUGAGGCGUGUACCCAGGCCGUCAACAGAAUUGAAUGCAACAAGUGUGCCAUCAUCCAAUCCUUCUAGCAAUUCCACACUCCACCCAACCACCCAGCCGACCAAGACCAUUCAGUUGAAAUCGACGGUGGCGCCAGCAGUGACCACGGUGGGCGGCACCAACAACAACAAAGACGACAAUGAAGAUGAUGAUGAGGACGACGACGACGAUGACGAUGAGGAUGACGAUGGAGAAUACGAAGAGGAGGAGGAUGAAGAUGAUGAAGAGGAUGACAGCGAUCAAAUUAUACCAAAUAUUAUAUGAGGCAAAAAUUGCUCUGACAAAUUGUUGGCAAAACUUUCAGAUUUAGCUUUAUGAUAAACCAUGGAUUUUUUUUUAUUAUUAAUCUGAUAAUAAAUUAUUAAUGAGAAAAA